AUGGGGUCCCCGGGCACGGCACUGGUCUGCCUGGUACAGUUCUGUGGAUUCCCGUUUCACGACUUCCUGUGCCUCUGCCGCAGACCAUCAGCUCUGUGUCUGCGUCUGCAGUGUCUGGAACAAGGGCUCACUCGCCCCCUCUGUGUCCCGGCCUUGCAAGGAGCCACGGGGCUAAAUGUGCAACAAGGGCCCAAGUUGCUACAGGUGAGGUAGGACGGACAGGUGAGCUUGGCCUGUCAGGUGGUGCAGUCUCAGGCCUGGGAGCAGCUUCAUGUCAAGUGGACCAAGGCCAGCGUUGCCUUCUGCCCACCCUGUGUCACCAAUAGCAACCUCAGCCUGGAGAUCCGUGGUCCCCAGGGAUAUCUCUUCUGGUGGCCGCCUGGCAUUCUCACCCCAUAGCUGGACCGUGUGAGCCUCAACAACAGUGGGAACUACUUGUGCCAGACAACCAUGGAGAUGGCUGGAUUGGUGGAGGCCAAGGGCAAUGGAACACAGCUCCUCGUGGAGACAGGUAAUGCCCUUUACAGCAACAUCCUGUACUGGCCCAAAACUCCAAAGAAGACCGAGUCAUGGCCUCAGGAGGGGAAGGUACUGGACAUCCCCAGGGAGGGCCAGUAGGGCCACAGCUUCUAUUCCAUCUCAGUUCCCCACCCCACCCCCACCCCUCAGUAGCGUCUGGUCCCCAAACCUUGCCCCAGCCCCAGCCCUGGGCCCAGUCACCCCAUUUCUAUAGGCAAAAUUUCUCCUGGCCCAGGCUCUUCUAGGCGUGCAUCUCUUAGACACAAGGGUCCCCACGAGACUUGCAACCAGGGGAGCAAUGGGCAGCAGCAGCUCGUCCUGGGCUGA